AUGAAAGCACUUGAUAAAACGAAAAUUGAUACUGUAUUUGAAUCCGAUUCAAGUCAUCCAAGUAGCUCAUCAUCCUCUUUAUCGUCGUCCUCAGUAGAAACAGCAGAGUGCUCUCGAAAACUAUGGAAGAAGCCUCACCACCAUCAGCAUAAUAGCACUAUUGAAGACACCUCCCAUGAAGACUAUCCAGAGAGCAAUAAUGAUGUGAUGGAUCAAGAUGCUUCAUUUUUUUACGCCAUAGCAAAGGAAUCAUUGCCAUCAAGCAAUAAGCAUCGUCGCCAACAGCAACACCAUCAGCAGCAGCAACACCGCCGCCAUGAGAAUAACCUGGCUGUCACUAGGAACGCUUCAAAUGACGCAUCGAGCAAACGUCAAACAAAGCUGCUGUUGGUUUCUUUGAUUGAAUCAUUGUGUCAAACUUACGGCGAUUCACCAGAAUCAACACGUAAAAUAUUUUUAAUGAUCUGCCAAACACUCAGUUCUUUAGGCUUCAUUGAUUCUGAAUUCAUUGAUGAAGUAGCUGGUGUACGAUCGACUUAUCACAAGGCAUUUGAGCAGCUAUUUUACACUGCUGCUCAAACAGUUAGGCAACAAGAGUUGCGCUCAGGAAAUCAGCCAAAGCUCCUUACCUCUGCACAACAACAAGAAAUACUGAAGGAGAGAAUCGAGUCUUUAUCAACGUCUCAUUCAUCGUCUUCCUCAGUGGAGUCAUUUUUAGGUGGCAAUGAAGAGAUAGCAGAUCAAGAUAUCUCUCGACCUCUCAAAUAUUCCCUGUCGAUUCAACAAUCCAGAUACAACAACGAUUUUGUACAGGUUGGCAUGUUGGGUCGUGGUGGUUUUGCCUGUGCCUACAAAGCACGCAACAAGUUGGACGAUAUUGAAUACGCUAUUAAAAAGAUUCGUCUCCUGGAUCAAGAAGAAGAUGACGGCUACGACAAAAUAUUCAGAGAAAUUAAGAAUCUGGCUCGUUUGGAGCAUCACAACGUGGUUAGAUACUAUUCGUCCUGGCUGGAAUAUGCUGCUUCCAUCGAUGAAAAUCAUGGAGAAGAUGAUGAAGACGAAGACUUGUCAUGGAUAUCAAGUUCGUCUCCAAACAACGAAUUCACAUUUGAUGAUGAUGAUGACAAGUCAAGCAUCUUCAAUGGUCAAGACCCUACUUUUGACCUAAGCGAGGAAGAUUCGUUGAACAAUAAUCGACCCACAACUGCUGAAGAAAUGUCCUAUAUUAGCUUUGGAACGAGCGACAAUGAGCCUUCCGAAGCUGAUAACGUACAGCUCUGUGCAUCUUCCUCCAACUCGACGAUCAGAAAGUCCUGCUAUGGAGGUAGCAGUACCAAGCAAAAGCAAGAAAAGGGUGGCUUCAUCCUCUUUAUCCAAAUGCAACUUUGUCCUAGUACUUUGCAUGAAUAUCUCAAAUUUCGAAAUCAAAACCCUAGCGAAUACUUUGAUGAUCAACAAAACAUUGACUUGUUUAGCCAGAUUCUUCAAGGCUGUGCCUACAUCCACCAACAGGGACUCAUCCAUCGUGAUCUGAAACCAAGUAACAUCUUUCUAUCACGUCCAGCCACCGUACCUGAACAUCGCAAUCGUCGUCGUACGGCUAAUGGCAGUGGCACCAGCCUGAGCGAUGCUAAUAUAAAUUGCAAAUGUUGCACUGAAGCCCUUAUACCCAAAAUUGGUGAUUUUGGUUUAGCAGCUAGUGUUUUGCACGCAGAGGAUGAGGAUGACGAAGUCAUGGACGAUGAAGAAGACGACCACUAUUUAGCAUCUACAUUCGAAAGCCAACACUCAAACAGUAGUAGUAGUAUCAUUGAGUUGUUCGCCGCCUCACACCCUCAUUCACACCGACAUCGCCAUCAUCGUAGCAAGCAUGACGCUAGUAGCAGCAAUUCAGAUAGCAUCUUGUCACUUCGUGCUGCAAAUUCCUUCAAGAACACGGGGCGCCCUCGUUUACGAAGAAACAGAACUAGUGGUGUUGGUACUCGCACAUAUGCUGCCCCUGAGCAGUUAGCAACCCCAUCCUACAAUUAUGACGAGAAGGCUGACAUCUACUCGCUUGGUAUCAUUCUGUUUGAACUCUAUAACCCCUUCUCAUCUGCCAUGGAACGUGCCAUCGCCAUUGACCAGCUCAAGAAAGGAAUAUUCCCAGACAAGUUUAGUCAAGUGUAUCCAGUGGAGAAACAGGUCAUUUCUCGUAUGAUGAAUCCAGAUCCUUGUUUGAGGCCAACAGCACUCGAUAUUCUAGAUUUAGAUAUCUUCAACCCACAAUCACAACAUCAUUCACAACAAGAACAACAGCAGCAGUUGGAACACAUCGAGUUGGCUGCCAUCUCAACUACUACAGAGCUGAAUAUUAUCCAUGAUCGUGAAAUGGCUGAAAUGCGUGAUCGAUAUUGUCAGAUGAAGCAAGAAAAAGAGGAUCUUCAACGACGCCUGGAUGAGCUGGAACACAAGCUGAACCAUUGCAAUGUCAAUGAGCAUCCGCAUAAGCGGCCUCAUGAAUUAGAUGAUGACAAUGAUGAUUCCUCUACUGCUGUUGUUCCCACAGUACAUCAGCAUAAAAAGAAGGAAAUAGAUAGCCUUUUCCAAUCAACCCUGCUUGCUAAAUUCAUGAUGCCAAAUUGA